CUCAAGAAAGCCGCCACACUCCAGCGAUAUUCGCGGAGAUAGGAUUCGGUAGUGCAAAAGGCACACCAUAUACAAACCUCUCCGAAAUCUCAUCCUGUCAUAAAGUACUUGUUCUCUAAGAGACGACAGAUGAUUGCACCAAUAAACCAGUAAUAGUAUACCGCGAAGCACCCAAUCGUAAAACGUUUCCCUCUCCUUUCCUUCCUUGAUCCUUCUCCGGCUACUCUGGUCUUUUAUAUAACUGCCCUGCCACCACGCUCUUGUCAAGUCUGAACAGAUUCACAACCAAAAUUUUGGAACAAUAAGAAAAAGAAAAAGAGAAAGGAAAUGAAUCGUUUUUUAGUAAGGUCGGUGAUGCAAGGCCUGAUCAAUGGCCGAAGCUACAGCGGAAGCAGCAUCAGCAAUGGACACAUGUACAGGGCCGCCAUAGUUGGGAGAGACGUCUGGUUGAGCGGACAACAAAACGGCAUGCCUUUUGGAGGUUUUGAGUGGCGAAGGAUGAUGAACUCUGCACCCGCUUGGACGGAAAAAGUGCCGUUGGAGAAGGAAGAGAAAAAGGAGAAUCCGGCGACGGGAGAGAAGAAGGGGACAGAAAUGAUGGUGUCAAGUUAUUGGGGGAUUUCAAGGCCUAAGAUCACCAAAGAGGAUGGCACCGACUGGCCCUGGAAUUGUUUCAUGCCAUGGGAAACUUACAAGGCAGACCUGUCAAUUGAUUUGAAGAAGCACCAUGUGCCAAAGAACUUUGUUGAUAAAUUUGCUUACAGGACAGUCAAAAUCCUUCGGAUUCCCACUGAUUUGUUCUUCCAGAGACGUUAUGGGUGUCGUGCUAUGAUGCUGGAAACGGUGGCAGCUGUUCCUGGUAUGGUUGGAGGGAUGCUGCUGCAUCUGAGGUCUCUCCGUAAGUUCCAGCAUAGUGGUGGUUGGAUUAAAGCCUUGCUUGAAGAAGCAGAGAAUGAGAGGAUGCAUUUGAUGACAAUGGUGGAGCUUGUGAAACCCAAGUGGUAUGAGAGGCUCCUCGUUCUGACCGUGCAGGGAGUUUUCUUCAAUGCCUUCUUUGUUCUUUAUGUGCUCUCUCCCAAACUGGCACAUAGAAUUGUUGGGUAUUUGGAGGAGGAAGCUAUCCACUCAUAUACAGAGUAUUUGAAGGACAUUGAAAGUGGUGCAAUAGAAAAUGUUCCAGCCCCUGCCAUUGCAAUUGAUUACUGGAGAUUGCCUAAAGAUGCUAACCUCAAGGAUGUUAUCACUGUGAUUCGUGCUGAUGAAGCUCAUCAUAGGGAUGUUAACCAUUUCGCUUCCGAUAUUCAUUUUCAAGGAAAGGAAUUGAGAGAGGCACCUGCUCCUCUUGGUCAUCAUUAACUCGAUGUUGAAUUGUGGAUAUUCUUUUGGAGAUUCCUGCCUGAUUGCAAACUGGAAUAAGCUUUCUCUUGUAUAUUGUAAGGACUAGGAAUGUAAAAAUAAUUGAGAAAAUCAUAUUUUCCUUCUACAUGUCCA